AUGCAGGAUUCACCCAGCUCUCUGGUGAUGGAUGGAUACUCCAGCAACGUGCCAGCCUUCCUAACCAAACUCUGGACGCUGGUGGAAGAUCCUGAAACGAACCAUCUCAUCUGCUGGAGUAGCAAUGGCACCAGCUUCCACGUGUUCGAUCAAGGACGCUUUGCCAAAGAGGUGCUCCCCAAGUAUUUCAAACACAACAACAUGGCCAGUUUCGUCCGGCAGCUGAACAUGUAUGGCUUCAGGAAGGUGGUGAACAUCGAGCAGGGGGGUCUUGUCAAGCCUGAGCGAGAUGACACCGAGUUCCAGCACCUCUGCUUCCUGCAGGGCCAUGAGCACCUCCUGGAGCACAUCAAGAGGAAGGUGUCGGUAGUGAAAAGUGAGGAGACCAAGAUGCGCCAGGAGGACCUCAGCAGAUUGCUAUACGAGGUACAGAUACUGAGAAGUCAGCAGGAGAACAUGGAGUGUCAAGUGCAGGACAUGAAGCAGCAAAAUGAAGUUCUUUGGCGGGAAGUUGUUUCUCUCCGGCAGAACCACUCGCAGCAACAGAAAGUGAUCAACAAGCUGAUUCAGUUUCUGUUUGGCCAGCUCCAAUCAAGCCCUAGCAGCACUGGGAUAAAGAGGAAGCUACCUCUGAUGCUUGACAACGGGAUCUCAGCACCGCCGGUGUCCAAGUUCAGCCGGCAUUUGUCUACGGACCCCCUCCAUGACCCCUAUUUCAUACAGUCGCCAUCGACAGAACCCGCCUCUUGCUUAAACAGCCCUGCAAUUGCGGGAGGACCCAUCAUAUCUGAUGUUACUGAAGCAUCACCAUCCAACGUAAUAAAUAUGCAAUCACCUCCUGACAAUGACAGAGAGAAGUGCCUCAUGCUGAUCAAGGAAGAGCCGGUCAGCCCUGGAGUGAAAGCCACCGCUGAGCCUGACGUCCCCCUGCCAGGCUGCCGGGCUUGCUCUGAGCCCCCUGUGCUCCCGGUUGCCAUGGUUCAGUCUGUUUUGGAAGGCAAAGGGAGCUGCGGUGCGGCCCCACCGGGGACCUCACAACCAUCCGAGAGAAGAGGCAGAAGGGCAUUGCUGGACAGAACAGAUAUUUCAGACCCGUUGGAGGGCACCGACUGGAGCUUGGAAGGGCUGCAGCUGCUGCUGAGGAGCCAGCAGUACGGCCUGGAGCCCGCCAGCCUCCUGGAUGUCUUUAAUCCCAAUUUGUCUUUGAGUGAGUGGAAUUUGACUGAAAUGGAAGCCAGUCUGUCUCCGAUGCAGCGACUCACAGUGGAUCUGGAGAAGAAUGCAACUGAGCUGUCCUCCAAAGCGUUCAACCCACCGUUUAACAACGCCUGCCCAGGGAAAGAUGUCAUUCUUGAAAGUGCCCAGCAGUUCCUCAUUGAUCGUCAGUCAAUCUUUGGAAACGACCUCAUCAGCUUGCCUGAAAGUUCAUCACUUUAUGUUCCAUCUGAAAAUACGACUUCCUACCUGUCCUCUGUGGCUGUCCAAGGGGAGAUCCCCUUAAACCUCAGCUCUUCAACUGACAGCAGCCAGUGAUUUAGCUUCCAGGAAACACCAUCUCCCUCCCACCCAUCUAAGCGUCCACAGGUUUGAAUGUAAAGAAACAAAAGUGACUCAGAAACCCACAAGAAAGUUUCUUAUGAACUUUUGUGCCCUUUCUUUUUGAGUUGAUAGAAAUGGUCAAUAGCUGUUGCAUGACCCUCCCUGCACCUGGCUUUUAGUGUUUGCCCAGGAUAACAAUUUAAAACAAAAUAGUGUUUCUGGUGCUUGCUCCUGUGGGGAGUGAGGACUUGGCAGGAUUUUUUUUUCCUUGAAAAUGCUUUUAGAAAUUUCAAAUCUUCUAAUAAAAUUUAAGUGAAGAGUAGCUUGAAAGUACAUCAGGGACUUCAUAAAAUAAAGUGAUCCUGACUAGCGUUUGCAACGGCAAACUGUUGGAUUUUAUUGGGGCAGCACAGGUUAGCGACGAUGCCUGACCCUUCUGGAUGCUGUUUUUUAAAUAGGAAAAUAGUUCUAUAUGCUAGUCCAAUGCUCUAAAAAUAUUCUUUUAUCCAUUUUCUGGUUUUGAUGGGAUGUACUUGUGCCUCUCCCUUAUCCUCCUAGGGUGAGUAGGAAAAUGAAGAUCUCUCGGGGUGUGCAGAAGAUCAUUUUCAGAGUGACCACUCCAAGAAUGUGUCUCUGGGGAGCUGCAGACUAUCACAGACCCCAAAACAUCCCAAGCUGAGUUGAGAGGGUUUGCUGUUUGGGAUUCUUUUUUUUUUUUUCUCCCAAAUUUAUUUCCUCUAACAUAAAGGCAGGGCACCCCAUACUUUAAAAACAAACAAACAACAGAAAAAAACCCCACCCCACAACCCAUAAAAAGGGAUAGACUCUUUUGCACACAGAAUUUUCCAUGUGCAAAGAGGACUGAGGGAGCGCACUCUGGGUUUUGGUGCUGGCUAAGUAUUCCAUGUCCAGUCCAAUGAUUUUUUUCCCUGGCCUUGACCUGUUCUAUUUCUCCUGAAGAUGUGCCUGUUGCAUUAUUGAUGUAUAAAAUCUGAUGAACCAGUUUAAUUGAUCAGAUCCCCUUUUUAGAAGGACUCUCAGCUGCUCAGUGUAGGAGAAAGGCAGAAGGAUUAGUCCACCGUGUCCCACUAACUUUUCUUCUGUCCUUUGUGCAUCUGAGACCGGCCUUCAAAGGUUGAUUAAUCUUCCUUUUCCACGUGGUUUCUGACAACUGAGUUUCUCAACAAAGCAGAGCUUUGUUUUUUUAUGCUGUAGUUCUAAUGAGAACGUAUUAUUUAUCUCAGUAUCCUCUAACUGAGUUGCUUUUCCUUAGGAAAGGUACCCAAAUGCAGUAAGGCAGACCCAGGAAAUUCAGCUAACUCAGGCCUCCUAAGGGCUUAGACAGGGAGGUGUAAGCCGUGCUGGUAUCAUUUGAAGAACCGUUCUGCCCACUUUCAUUGCCGUGACAAUUCUCGUUUCUAAACUGUAUUUCUAAGCAUCUUGAAUGGUCAAGCAGCAUCCAGCCCAAAAUGUAGUCAGUCAAUCAGAUGAAUGCAGGUUCAAAUUCUCCUUAAUAAGACAGGCAUGUUUUAAAGGGACCUUCCUGUCCCAGCCCUUUCCUCCAUCCAUUUAUCGGUAUGUGAACGGAUGUGUUAGUUCAGAAACAUUCACUUUUGAGCCCCUUUUUCCCCAGUUAACCACUAUGAGCUGGGAAACGAGGUUGUGAGAACUUCCGAAUUAAUUCCAGCCACUGUUUUCAUGUUCGGGACUAAGGGAAAAUUCUGGCAGCCCCCAUUGGCCUGGUAUUUAGAUGAUGUGCUUGACUGUAUUAUGGACAAGGUUUUACUUUUUGACAGAUUUGUGCUUAGAAAGUUCACCUAGAUCAGCCCGUUUGCCACUGUGUUUUGUCAUUUCCAGUGAUGGAAAGUCAUCAAGUUGCACUUUGUUUACUUCUUAUCUCAUAGGUAAUUGAAAACUGUCUGGUGUCUGUCAUCAUCCGACAGAGUCCGUUAUCCCCGUUCAAGAUUUACAUCCUUCUCUGAACUUUGACAUGCUAGCUCGCCUUAACGUUAGCAUUGAAUGUAUCAAUCCAAUAAGGUAUUUAAGCAUGUGCUUAACCUCAAGCUCCUGAGUAGUUUUCCCUUAUUUUUAUGAAGCCCAUCACAUGCUUGAGGUUAGACAUACGCUUUGGUGUCUUACUGGAUUGUCUAUUGGGGUUGAGAAACGAACCAUCUUAGGAGAGCUACUUGCAAGCAGACAAAGGUGCAGCUCAACCAACAAGGCUGCCUGACACCAUCUCCGGCUGCAGCAUUUUUGAUACCACCAAGCAGCAGGCUGCACUCGCGGGGAGCAGCCGCUCGGCAUGGUUCUUGGGUUUUUUCUUUAGGCUUUUUGCUCUACUAUAACCAUGAGAUUGGAGCUUGAUGGUGAGAGAGGAACCUCCAGGAAGAGUA